UCUCUCUUUCUUCACUAUUCCUUUCUCCUUCUCUCAGUAUUUACUCUUUCAGAUUGGUACCCCAACCCUUUUAUAUACCACACACUACUAAAAGAGUUUGGUUUAUUUGCUCACCAAGAUUGCAACAGUUUCCACUUCUCCACUACUUUCUGAGACUGAGCUAGUGUGUGUGUGUGUGAGAGAGAGAGAGAGAGAGAGAGAGAGAGUUAGAGAGAGAGAUGGGAAGGGGAAAAGUAGAACUGAAGAGGAUAGAGAACAAGAUAAACAGGCAGGUUACUUUUGCUAAGAGGAGAAAUGGGCUUCUCAAGAAGGCUUAUGAACUUUCUGUUCUUUGUGAUGCUGAAGUUGCUCUCAUCAUCUUCUCCAACCGUGGAAAACUCUAUGAGUUUUGCAGCAGUUCUAGCAUGAUGAAGACCCUUGAAAGGUACCAACGUUGCAGCUAUGCUCAUUUGGAGGCCAACCAACCAGCCAGUGACACUCAGAACAACUACCAUGAAUAUCUAAGGCUAAAAGCUAGGGUUGAGCUCCUUCAACGAUCCCAAAGAAAUCUUCUUGGGGAAGAUCUGGGUCCAUUGAGCACAAAGGAGCUGGAGCAACUUGAGAAUCAAUUGGAGGCUUCCUUAAAGCAAAUCCGGUCAAGGAAGACCCAAUCUAUGCUGGAUCAGCUAGCUGAGCUUCAACAAAGGGAGCAAAUGCUGGCAGAGUCCAAUAAACUCCUUAGAAGGAAGUUGGAGGAAAAUGUAGCCGGAAUACCUCUCCGAUUGUCAUGGGAAGAUGGGAAUCAAGAAAUUCAUCAACAAAACCGCCAGCUUCCUCCACAGUCCGAGGGGUUCUUUCAGCCUUUGGGGCUGAACAUAUCUGGACAAAUUGGAUACAACUCUGUUGGCACAGAUGAGGUAAACGUUGCAGCCUCAGCUCACAACAUAAGUGGAUUCUUUCCAGGGUGGAUGCUGUGAUGAUAAGAUGUUGAAAAAAACUUGGAAUAAUAAUUCAGGCCACCUUAAUUUUAUUAUAUAUAUUUCCUUAACUGGAUAGAUUAUUAAAUUUAGUACUACAAUGAUGUCCUGGUGUGUGCUUGCUUGCUUGCUAUUUUUGCUGUGUUGUGGUUUGUCAUCUGUGUAUAGCUACUUGUAAUUAUUGUUAUUGUUAUUAUUGGGGACAAUAAGUCUGCAUAAGUUGGCAAUAACAUAACUAUAUUUUAUAUA